GCUCUGGACCCUUUGGAAGGGUCAUGAGCGAAAUUUCAUAAAAUGCUCGAAUUCUUGACCUUUCUCCAAAUUUUCAAGUGUAGACUUGGUUGUGAGGCAUUUAUAGGUCAAUAUCACAUCAAUCAACACCUAGAACUUCAUCAUUCAUCAACUGGACCAAUCUCAAACCCUCAAAGGGAAUAAUUCUUGAGAACGCCUGCUCACAUACCUCCAUUGACUUCCUUAACUCAAUGACAUAGCCUCCAAAAGGCAAGAUUCCUAACAAGAUAUAAGGACUUCCUCAAACUCAAUCAAGACUAGACCUUCGAAGCAAGACCCAGGCCUAACCAAGAGGAAGCUUUCAAUAGAGACCCCGACCUGGACCACUUACUGACCCACCUCAACUCAAGCAGAGCCUGCUAUCCUAAUGAGCCCCUUGUCGACCCUCAAAUGCAAAGGCAAAUAGCCAAGAACCUAAAAGACCAAGAAAACUAACCCUAGAAAGCAAAAAGAAGGGCUCCCCAUUUACAAUGGGGCGAUGUGUGAAUACGUCACAACACUACCCACGAUCUAGUCUGAUUGUUGUCCAUUGCUCUCCUUGUGAUCUGCUUCAAAUCUGAUAUUCUUCUCUUGCUUGCAAUUUAUUUGAAGGAAAUAAUUUUGCUUGAAUUGUGAAAUAACUUUCAAAAUUACUUUCUUUGUGGAUUCUUCAAACUUCCUAUUCCAAGUUAGCCUAAGGAUAAUUUUGUUUUCUUCCUUUUAAUCUCUUUUCCCUUUGAAAUCUAAUUCAAAUGAAUUCAAACUUAUUGCAUAUCCUUGAAAGGGCCGAAUUGAACCUGUCUAUUGGUGGAUUAGAUGAACAUGUUUACAAUGUUGCAUUGCCUUGUGUUACAUUGGAGGUCUCAAGAUGGGAAUUCAAGGAACUAUGGAGCGCAUUUUAGACUUUAUCAGGAAAUUCCUUGAGUUGGAUUUCCAUGUGUGGAGGAAUUCUUCCUUGCAUUGGGCGUGAUAGCAGUGCAGUGACUAGGAGAGUAGGUUUGAAGCAUCCUCAAGGAACUUUUCAGCACAUUCCUUAGAAGUGGAAGGAAAUUUCACUUCCCUAGGGCAUGAUAGCAAGCUGAUAUGGAAAUAGGGCCCCCUUUUUCCUUAAACUUAGGCAACUUCUUCAUCUUUCUGUUGUAAUGCCUUAUUCUUGUGCUUUUUGGUAUUGAUCUUCUUCUCGAUUUGCCAUGUUAGAGUAUGAAUCUUGACAUUUUAAUUGUUUCACUCUACAUGUGGUGGAAAAGUCCUUCAUUCUAUGCUCCACAUUCCUUAUUCCUUGCUUGCAUUAAACCUUUGACUAGGCGAUUUGUGAUUGGAUCAUUGAAAAGAAGAUUGCAAGACCCUAAAGGGUCGGAAUGCAAGGGUAUAAUGGAAUAGCGCUCUAGCGCUCAAGCUUGGGUGCAAUUGCAGUAUGAUGUGGAAAUAGUGCCUUUCUUUGAUCCUUUUUGAGUUCCUAAUAUCUUCACAAGUUGGAUAGUUCUUCCCCUCAAGCUUUGAAUAUCAUGUUCCGUUCCUCGUAUCAAACCUGCAAAACAAACAAGAAUUGAAUCAACACAUGUGUAAUGAAUGAAGAUAUCAUAAAUUAUAAGUUUUUAUAUGACGGAAGAAUAUUUUCCAUGUGUUUAGUAAAAACAAAACGUGCCAAAAGUCAGCUUCCUAUGUGCCUGAAUGGAAGCAAACCCAAACCCUUCUUUUUAUUAAUUUAUUCAACCAUUUCGACAGAUGUCCUCCUGAAAUCACAUUUAAAGAUGAAAGGAAUUCACCAAGGCAAUACGAAACCAUUUCGAGGAAACAACUUUUAUAAAUUUAUGCGAAAGAGAGUAUGAAAGAAAGGAAAUAAAAAAUCCACGCACAUUGAUGCCAGGAAUGAUCUCUUACACAUUCCUGCGAGACAGGGUAUGAAAGGGAAUAAAUGAAAUCUAUGCAGACUCAUUCGCCUAUAUGCUGAGAAUGCAAAUUUUGCUGCACCGAGUCGUUUAAUACUUGUUGGUGUUUAUUUCUUAUAUAGAGAACGCACGUUUAUUAGCCUUACAAAGAGAAGAAAUCGCAGAAGGAGCUAAGGAUUACCCAACACUAGACAUCAAAUUGGAAGGAAAAUGCCUGUUUGUAAAUACUUUAACAUGCGGAAUUGCACAAGGCUUGGAUGAGGGCAACGAACAAGAUCUGUAAAAAAAAAAAUAGAUCAGAUAAUCACAGUAAAGGGUUAUAUAGAUUGCAGCAGAUCAGUACUGACUCCUUAUCAGAUGUUCUUUGUCAGCAUCUGCAAUAUGCCCUACACUUUGGCAGUAUUGAGUCCUCAGAUAUGUGCUCAAGGAAUGUUUCUUAGACUUGGGAUUAUUUCCCGCAGACAGGAAAAUAUGUGCUGACGCACUUUUGGACAUUUGGGUUUAUGUUCGAAAGCUACAAAGGCAUGUGCUUUUGCCAUCUCAUCAGAACUUGCGAGCAGAAAUCUGCUAAACUUAACUAGCAAUGCAAGGUAAUUGCCUUUACUUUUGUAUAUUGAAUUUCUUUUAAUCAUGUUUUUUCAACAGUAAACUGACAUGAUUUCACUUUAACAGAGGAAGUACAACAAUCCAAUAUGUUAAUGCUUCAGAGGAAUACUUUUCCCAGAAUGAUGGAACACGAGAUUUGGCCUUGUAUUUGCGACACAAUGACAAUAUACUGCACCGCAAGAGGUUGGUCAUAGAAAGGAAGGACUUUUGGGAGUUGCUCAGAGAUAGAGCAUUUGAUACUCAAAUUCUCUCCAUUCUCACCGGCCCUAUGGAGGAAAAUGACUGGUAUGAUAUGAAUUUCCCUGAAACAGAGGCUCUGUUAUUAUUCUUUACUUCGACAGAAUACUUUCUUCCUCAAUUUCUGAAAUCCAUGAAAAAGCUAGAGUUUCUGAUGAUAUUCAAUUGUGGUACAAACAAGAAAACAGUGAAAGGUCUAGAUGUCUUGUCUUCACUCACUCAACUCAAGAGUGUCCGCUUGGAGAGGUUGAUUUUACCCUUUGUUGAAAAACAAGGCAUUGAAGCACUGCAAAACAUAGAGAAUCUAUCUUUGAGCUUAUGUGAAGGAUUUGAAAAUAUAUCCGCAUUCACCAAGCUACAAGAUUUUAAUCUGGACUACAUCAAUGAUUUGGAGGAGUUGCGUCUUGGUAUCUGCAAUAUGCCAUCCACUCUGUCAUGCUCUAUCACCAACUGCCAUCAGUUUCAAAAGUUACCAUAUGAUUUUGAAAAUAUGAGCAAUCUAAGAAUGUUAAAGUUAUCAGCAUUACCACGCCUGGAACAGCUUCCUGUGUCGAUUGGGAAACUUGUACAGUUGAAAUAUUUAGUUAUUUCACUAUGCGAGGGCUUGAAAGAACUUCCAAAGGAAAUUGGACAACUCAAGCAAUUGAGGGAGCUUGAUAUGAGAGAGUGUCCCAGUUUGACGAUGGUACCUUCAACUGUUUGUGAACUAUGCUCCCUGAAGCUUGUUACCUGUGAUGAGAGGAUUGGGAAGCAGUGUUUACAAGCCAAGAACAUUUCUAUUCCUGACCUUACAGUUGAAAUUGUGGAAGCACGCUUUAGUUUAGAUUGGCUUGAUGAUUGACAUCAUUUAUCAUCUCUUUAUCUUGAAGAACACAAUCCAAGGAUCUUGACAUCCUCUGUAAAUUUUUCAUUAUUCUUUUUCAUGUGCAUUGACACAAAUCAAUACAAGGUCCUCUAGAUUUUCAGCCAA